AUGGCCGUUCCAGGUCUUGAGUCGAUGCCCUCGAGGCCGAUGACUUCGGAGGAGUUCAGCGCUGCGAUCAUCAAAGCCUGUUUCUUGCACAGUCAAGAAGACGUGACGGAGAUCAAACCCAAAAGAGUCCGGGCACUGUGUGUAUGUUUCGAGGCAGACAAGGAUAGUCACACGAAUGUCGAAAGCACCAGCGAGCAAGUCCGCGAUGUGUUCGACAACACUUAUGGCUACGAUACUGUCGGUCUUGUGAUACGGAAACAAGACAAAAACCCGCAAGCAACAUUAACAUCAGCUCUCCGUGCUCUAUUCAGUAGAAUGGACGAGGAUUGUAUAGCUAUCCUGCACUACAUUGGCCACGGAGGGGAAGGCCAAAAGUUCGUCUUCCCUCCACUAAGACAUGACAAGAUCGACCCUUGGGACGCCAACGUUUUGAUCCUUUUCGACUGCUGCUGUCCUAUUGAGAUUGGUGGCUACAUAGGUCACCACAAAGAAUUGAUCUACUCCUACGCUUCGGGGGAAAGCGAGUGCGAUGAUGGUCUCGGUUGCGAACGCGGCUUCAGUAGAAAUCUUGUACGAGAACUGAAGCACGCCCAUAGAAAUGGACAUGCCUUAUCCACAUCACAGCUCUACAGCCGCCUGGCAACAAAGAGUUUCACCAUGGAUGAAUCUUGGGAAACGGAGCUAAAUUCUCUGCCUCAUUUCAUCCGACACCCUAGAGAUCAUGGACCGUCUCUGCUAUUGCAACCCUUACGACAGAACAGAAACUUAUACCUGAUACCAGCUCCUUGCCAAGAAUUGGGCGAAGAGGUAGCUGAUGUCGUUCUGUCGGUUCAAAUCGCCAAUGGUGGGUGGCAAGCAUUACACGACAUUCAGUCAUGGGCACAGAGACAUCCAUUGACUGAAGGACGUGUCCGAGUCGACGAGUUAUACAAGAGAACGGAUAAAUUCAUCCUCGCCGUCACCUUCCAGGUCUGGUACAACUUACCGGAUCAUCCAGCCAUGAAGCAGAUCGGCUUUGAGUUCAAACGGACGACUGAUCAGUCGAACUGA